AUGGAAAUGACACAAAACUUUAAUGUUUCCUACCAGAAUUCGGAUGCAACAAGUUCCGAGGAAUUCUCAAGCAAGAUACAUGAUGAAGAGUAUCUUAGCCCAUGUUUCCUGAAAAACCUGGCACAUCUUUCUAUUAAAUCUCUGAAUAUACCCGAACCGGACAACGCCCAAGCGGAUAAACUAAACACGUCGAGAAUCUAUAUUGAAGAAAAUUCUCGAGAGGGUUUGGAAGACUGUAAAAUAAAAAAAUUUCCUUGGGAAGAAUUUGUAGAAAGAGUCGAAAACAUUGUUCAGGAAAGUGGAACGAAACUUUAUGGAGAAGUAGUUUGGAAAUCCGGAAAAAAAACCAAAGAAGCAAUAGAAGACCUUGAAAUAAAAUGCCCAAAACAACUCAAUAAAUUCUAUCGCAAACACCUACAAGUAAUCAUGAGAGAUGGAUAUGCUAGAAGGUUGUGA